GUGCGGCCGCGCGGCGCGGGAGGAAGUCACGUGGGAGCGCGGGCUCACAUGACUGGCCGCGCGAUGGACCCGCUGCCUGCGGCUGCAGUUGGGGCGGCAACUGAGGCGGAGGCUGACGAGGAGGAGGAUCCCCCGGCGGCAGAUCAGCCGACACCCCAGGCCAUCGAGCCCCAGGCCAUCGUGCAGCAGGCCGCAGCCCCCAGUCGAAUGCAGAUGCCGCAGGGGAACCCACUGCUGCUGUCCCACACCCUGCAGGAGCUGCUGGCCAGGGACACUGUGCAGGUGGAGCUCAUUCCGGAGAAGAAGGGCCUCUUCCUGAAGCACGUGGAGUAUGAGGUUUCCAGCCAGCGCUUCAAGUCCUCCGUGUACAGACGGUACAAUGACUUCGUGGUCUUCCAGGAGAUGCUCCUGCACAAGUUUCCCUACCGUAUGGUGCCUGCCCUGCCACCCAAGAGAAUGCUGGGAGCCGACAGGGAGUUCAUCGAGGCCAGGAGGAGAGCCCUGAAGCGCUUCGUCAACCUGGUGGCACGGCACCCCCUGUUCUCCGAGGAUGUGGUCCUCAAGCUCUUCCUGUCCUUCAGUGGCUCGGAUGUGCAGAACAAGUUAAAGGAGUCAGCACAGUGCGUCGGGGACGAAUUCAUGAACUGUAAGCUGGCUACCAGGGCCAAGGACUUCCUCCCAGCUGACAUCCAGGCUCAGUUUGCCAUCAGCCGGGAGCUAAUCCGGAACAUCUACAACAGCUUUCACAAGCUUCGCGACAGGGCCGAGCGGAUCGCGUCGCGGGCCAUCGACAACGCGGCAGAUCUUCUCAUAUUCGGGAAGGAGCUAAGUGCAAUCGGGUCCGACACAACCCCGCUGCCCUCCUGGGCCGCUCUGAACAGCAGCACCUGGGGGUCCCUGAAGCAGGCUCUGAAAGGCCUGUCUGUGGAAUUCGCGCUGCUCGCCGAUAAGGCCGCACAACAGGGGCAGAAAGUGGAGAAUGACGUGGUGGAGAAGCUGAACCUCUUCGUUGGAUCUCUGCAGUCCCGGCAGGACCUGUGCGAGCGGCAUGAGAAGGGCGUGCUGCACAAGCACCAGCGGGCGCUGCACAAGUACAGCCUGAUGAAGAGGCAAAUGAUGAGCGCCGCCGCGCAGAACCGCGAGCCGGAGUCCGUGGAGCAGCUGGAGUCCCGCAUCGUGGAGCAGGAGAACGCGAUUCAGACAAUGGAGCUGCGGAACUACUUCUCCCUGUACUGCCUGCACCAGGAGACGCAGCUCAUCCACGUCUACCUGCCCCUCACCUCCCACAUCCUCCGCGCCUUCGUCAACUCUCAGAUCCAAGGGCACAAGGAGAUGAGCAAGGUGUGGAACGACCUGAGGCCCAAGCUCAGCUGCCUCUUUGCGGGACCACACAGUGCCCUGACCCCACCGUGUUCCCCGCCGGAGGACGGCCUGUGUCCUCACUAGCGCCUGAGGCUGAGGUGGUGCUCCCUGCGGCCACACUAAAACCUCUUUCCAAACGGUG